CCACACUCUUUCCGCAGCCCAGCGAUCUCGCGACGGCGUUGUGAGCGGCUCGUAGUCCACCCUCUGGCCUUGGUCCCAUCCUCGCCCUGCAUCAUCGCAUGCUUCUCCCGACCGCUAGGCGUGCCGCCCUCGCCGUAUUCAGCCUCUCUGCUAGCCGAUUCCCCCCAAGCAUCGCAGCCGGCAAGAUGGACGAGGAUGGCAAGGAUGGCAGGUCUAUUAGUAGAUCGCUUGCCGCCCAGCAUCCUCUGGUCCGGGAGCUCGUCCCAGACGAGGUCGAGCACGGCGUCCUCAUUCCGUUGAAGACGACUCUGGAGUUGCGGGACGAUUACCAAACGGGGCGGGUGUUGAUAACUCGUACUCCAACCAAGGCUGCCAAUCCCGUUAUCAUGAUGCUUCGCAACCUGCUUCCUGAUGAAAUCAUUAAGGGUGCUCCUCAUCUGCGCAGGUGCGCUAAGCCUUCCGACCUGCCCGCCCAUCUCAAGGCGCAGUUCAUGAACGAAUCGCCACAGAGCCGUCAGAUACACACGGGCAAGUCGAACUGGAUCUACAUAAUCGUGGGACCCGAGAACAUGCUUAAUCGAGACGAGGUUCUUCGGGCGCUGUCCUCGGUGGAAGGCAUGGAGGGGGAGGUGUUUCUUCGCAGCAUCCCCGUCCCGAUGGUCUCCCCGACGUCGCAAGUGCAGGCUGCCAUGUGGUCGCAGCAUUUUUGGCCAGCCUUAUACCGGAAGAACAACCCGCUGGGGCCGCAUCCUUCCAUGAUCGCGCGCCAGACGGAGGAGAUAGCCGGAGAUGCCGCGAUCUGGAUGGCGCUGUCGCACAAGGUGGCCAGGCAAGCUCACGCUGCAGGAUUCGGGGAGGCGAUGGGGGCCUGCAUCAUCCAGCGAGGUGAGGACAAGACGACGAUCGUUGCGCUGGCGGGCGAUGCUCGCUGGAAACAGCAGGGCAAGGUCGGAUGCACGGGCAACCCCAUGGCUCACGCCGCGAUGCGCGCCAUCAGCAUGGUCGCCCAGAAGCUCGUCCGAGCCGAGAACAAGAAGACGCAGAUCAGCCAGCCCCCCAUUCUAGAGUUCGAAGCCUUCCAGGACAGCCCGAUCCUCGAAGACGAAAGGAAGGUUUUUGAGUUGGAGCACCCGAACCCGGACGGAUAUCUCUGCCAUGGGCUCGAAAUGUACCUCACGCACGAGCCAUGCGUUAUGUGCUCGAUGGCCAUCCUUCAUUCGCGCAUGGGCAAAGUCGUCUUCCGUCAUCGUAUGCCGCUGACGGGCGGGCUCUGCUCCGAAGACCGCGGCGGGGGGCAUCCAUCCCUCCAGGGGGCGGACGGCGGCCGCGGAUUGGGCUUGUUCUGGCGCCGCGAGCUAAACUGGAGCAUGGUGGCCUGGGAGUGGGAGUCAAGCGGCUGCUUGAAACCGCUCAAGGCGGACUACGCGAUCCAUGCCUAGUUUGGCGCCACGGUAACCUGAACCUCGGGGGCUGAUGUGUAUACUUUUAGGGAUCUUAUGUGCAUCAUGCUUUUGGCUCGCAACGCAGAAGCCAGAGGAGUUAGGUAGUCCUCUCUGUCGGGAUUGAUUGGCAUUAGGGCGGAGCAUCUGUUUCCUUUCUUUUUUCGAGCAACGGAGCACUGGGGCCUGGCGUUACACAAAGAGCCUCUGCGCAAGCCCGGUUUGGAGGCAUGUGCAUAGAACCAGGAGUGCGUUAGGCAUGGUUAUGGGCCAGUUAGAGGCGCAUGGGAGCAACCAGAUGGCGAUGACGGAUAGGCAUUACAUACAUAUCACACAAGUUCUUGCCGCCGCGCACUAGUGAAUAUGCGGUGUUCGAGAGCAAGCCGCCGUCACU